AUGCUUCCAGCUACUUCUGAAACAUUGGUAUUAGAGCUCGGAAAAUGGACUAAGCCCAUGCUUAUUGAUUUUAUUCUAAAUAAAACACUACCCCCGGGGGUAAAGGUAAGCGAAAGUCCAUUAUCACACCUCAAUACCAACACUUUAGAGCCUGAAUCAUCGGACACUUCUGUUAAUGUUGCCACUAUAUUACAUUCAGUCGUAAUUGAGCUAAAAAACAUUUCCGAAAGUAAUCGGUUGAUUAACGUUAAAUUGAAUAGUAUUACUGACCCUAAUUCUAAUGUAAUGUCUCCCCGAAAUACAUUUUGUCGAGCAGUGAAUCACGUACCUACAAUCUCGGCAGUUCCAGCUUCAACUCGUGUACAAGCGUCUGACCGUCCUAAGUUUAUUGUUGGUUCUGGUAUAAAUACCUCCUCUGCCUUAUCUGCUGCUCCAACUCAGAAAUUCUCCGAUCUGUUCGUCUCUCGGUUAAACCCUACUGCCACUGCCGAUCUGCUUAAAUCUAAAUUGUUCUCCGAAUUUGAAGACAUCACAGUGACUCAGAUGGUUACUAAGCAUCCAACAUAUGCGUCGUUCCAUAUUCACCUGCCGUUUGACAAACUCCAGGAUGUUCUUGAACCUUCAUUUUGGCCCGAUGGAGUUAUUGUCAAGAGAUUCUGGGGUCGUCUUCAGCCAGGUAUGAUAUUAAAUUCUACAAACUCAAAAAACUAA